CUGCAUCCCUACAGGAUAUUCAAGAGGUGGUGGGCAAAUCCAUGCGUGUGUAUGAGGCUAGAGGAAAAAAUCCAAAGACCAUAGAAUGGCUUCGCAGAACUGCGACAAGCAUCGUCCACUAUUCGAAUGUAUUUGAUGUGUUUGUUCCACAGAAUCCUCAAUAUGUAUCGUUUGCCUGGGGAGCCAUGAAAUUUCUAUUCACGGUAAGCAGCAAUUUAGUUUGAAAUGGCGGCUGCUGAGCAUGAAAAUACCACUCAGUUGUUAGCAAAGUCCAUCGCCCAAAUUGCAGAGAGUCUCCCACGAGUCCAUCUUUCAUCAGACCUUUAUCCAACGCCUCAGAUGAAAAUAGCCCUGGAAGAGCUAUACGCCUCGAUUCUUAGCUUCCUGCUAAAAGCCUACGACUGGUAUAACGAGGGCAAAAUUUCGCACUUCCUUCAUAGCUUCACAAGGCCUUUGCAUCGUGUUCAUGCUGAUCUGGUUGAUGAAAUCGCGGCAAAGUCUCGAAAAAUCGAUAAAUUAGCCGGUUCAGCAUCACAAGCUGAACUUCGUGUAAUGCAUAAAAGAAUAGCAGAUAUUCAGGCUCAGCUGCAAUUAGUCACAGCAUCACAGUCUGAACCUCGCGACCUGCAUAACAUAUUCGCAGCUAUUCAAUCCCAACUGCAUUUAUCCGAUACAAAGAUGGAUGACAUUGUUAAGAAGAUGACAUCAUAUCACGCCAUCCAAUCAAGUACCAUGCUAGACACCAACCAAAGAGUCUCAGAUCUUCAAAUAUCACAAAUACUCACCCACCUAUCAAAUGUUCCGCUUGAUGACCCGCUGAAAAGCCUCCAGUAUCAUGUAUUCUUUAGGAAACGAAGAGCUCAGGGAACAACCUUUUCCACAGUCACAAAUCCAUUCUGGCUCUCUUCUCGAUUCCACUCACUAUUCUCCACAGAAGACUCGGCCCUCGCCGUAAUAAAGGGAAAUUUCGCCUGUCGGCAAGUGUUGCAGGAUUUCUGCGUCGAUGUCAUCGAAGACUUAAGAAGUUAUAAUAUACCGACUCUCUGGGCGCUAAAGAAAGCUGCGACGCCUAAUAAUGCGCAAACUCAAUUCUCCAUCAUGGACUUACUUAAAUACCUGAUAGUCCAAGCGCUCAAGCUUAACGAGGGCUUAAAAACGGAGAAAACAAUGGCCUGGCGUUGCGCACAGUUUCAGAGAGCUGCUACCGCUGCUGAAUUAUUUCAACUUUCGGUGGCGGUGUUGAAUGGCCUUGGCCGACAGGUUUACCUGGUGAUCGAUAUGGAGACAGUAGAAGAGUCUUUGCAAAGUCUGGAUGGCUUUAACAUCGUGUCUGCGUUCCUGCAGUCAUUUCAUACUUCCCAUUCUCCGAAUACACGACUCAAAGUCAUUAUUGUACGGUACAGAGUGACUUCAUCUGAGAUGCAAUUAGACAGUGAUGCUGCUUUGGCAAUUCUCCCAGUUAGAUCAUUAGGGCGAGGCAGACAACAAGGCAAAGAAGUUCGGCACAAGGUCAAAAGUGCAGUUCGGCGCGGAAUUGCGAAGCGGAGAAAUUGAACUGUAAAUGGUGUGUUUAUUUGAUCCAACUCAUGCAUGCUAUAUAACUUAGAUAUCUACGGAAAAAAACAAUUGUAAAUACGCCUUUUGUUUAUACAAAGA